GUGUUGUGUUUUGCCAUCCAACGGCUACAGCGUUUUGCUCGUGCAAAUGAAAGAUAAGUUGGAAGUGCAAAUUGCACCUGAUAAUUUCUCUAUCUGGUCAUUGCGAUAGAGAGACUUCAAGUUCAAUCAUUAGUCAGUUUGUCAGUUUGUACUGCCGUGAUAACUGAAAGUGUCAACGAAUCCAACGGUUGUUGUAUUGAACAGAGUUUCAAUUGACGCGAUCCAACAUGCUUCGAAGUGUCGUUGUAAAAUUGAAAACUGAAUAUCUGGUGAACGUGAGAGCAUCGGUUCGCUUCCAGAGUGUCCAAGCACAACCAUUGACCGCCGAAAAUACCGUUGAUCCAGAAUGGAUCAAUGCCAAGCCUUACGAAAAGAUUCCCGGCCCAGGCAUACUGACAAUGCUCAGAGGAUUUGCACCCGGCGGUCGCUACGGAGAUGCCUCGCUACCGGAAAUUCAUCGGCUUUUUCGAGAGGACUAUGGGGAUCUAGUGCGCAUGCGGGGAAUGUUUGGCCGGGAAGACAUCCUGUUGAGUUUCAAUGCGGAUGACUUUGAGAAACUCUUCCGAACGGAAGGAACCUGGCCCGUUCGGAAGGCUCUGGACAGUGUCUAUUACUACCGUACCAAAGUUCGUGCCGAUGUGUUCAAAGGAACCGGUGGACUGGUUUUUGAACAAGGAGAGUCGUGGCAAAAGUUUCGCACGAUCGUCAAUCCAGUUAUGAUGCAACCCAAAACGAUCAAGCUCUACAUCAACAAGGUUGAUGAAGUGGCGAGGGAGUUUAUGGAGAUAAUGCGAGGGAUUCGUGAUGGAAAAAACGAACUACCAGCGAAUUUUGACCAGUGGCUUAACCGGUGGGCUUUGGAGACCAUGGGAGUGUUGGCUUUAGAUUCUCGGCUAGGGGUGCUGAGUAUUAAUCAGACCGCUGAAGCGCAACAUAUUAUUAUGACAAUCCGAAAGUUUUUCGACUUGACGUACGAGUUGGAUAUAUUGCCCUCGAUGUGGAAGUAUUAUAAAACACGGACUUUUAGACAACUGAUGGCAACUCUCGACGAUCUGACUGAGAUAGUGAUGAACAAAGUUGAUGAAGCUAUUGUUCGGCUGGAGAAAAAUCCUACUUCGGAUAGUAACAGUCAAAGUGUGCUCGAAAAGCUUUUAAAAGUAGACCGCAAUAUUGCCGUCAUGAUGGCAUACGAUAUGCUGGUAGCUGGUGUUGAUACCACCUCAUCGGGAACAAUCGGCAUUCUUUACUGUUUGGCAACGAAUCCGGAAAAACAAGCCAAACUUCGGAACGAGCUUCGUACUAUUCUUCCCAAAAAAGAUUCACCGUUGACUCCGGAGAAUAUGCGCAAUUUACCGUAUUUACGAGCAUGCAUCAAAGAGGGUAUCAGACUGUGCCCACCUGUCCCCGGCAAUGCUCGGAGUGCCGGAAAGGAUUUGGUGUUGCAGGGCUAUCGAAUUCCCAAGGGCACAAACGUGGCAAUGGCUCCCAUGAUACUGCAGCGGGAAAACCAUCAUUUCGCACAAGGUGACCGGUUUCUACCGGAACGGUGGCUGAAGGAGGAAACUUUCCCCGACGGAAAAAACUCCCAUCCGUUUGUGUAUCUUCCGUUUGGAUUUGGUCCUCGGACCUGCAUCGGAAAGCGUUUGGCCAUGAUGGAGAUGGAGAUGGUGAUUGCGAGGAUCACGCGCCAAUUCGACUAUCGCUGGAACUACGGCGAACUGAAGAUCCGUGCUUCGGUGGUCAACAUUCCCGACAAUGAGCUCAAGUUCCAGAUGAACGAUGUCGAUGAUUAGUUGUUAAGUUAACGUUAACGUUUAUUUCAAAUAAAUUUUGUAUCUUAUCACACAGUCAUUAUGAGUACAUUUUGUAUUAAAUGUGUGAUAACUGUGCUCAGCAAUUAACCGAUUACGAGCAGCACAGAGAUAACGAUUCCAUUCUCAAUAAUAUUUGGCUGUCGAACUGAAGCCAAACAAGCUUCGGUACACUAGUACUGCAUAGUAUAAGGUUGAAGUGUUAUUUUGGAUUGUAAAAUUUUAAUACUUCGAUAAAAUAGCAAAACACAAAAACAUGUACCAUCAUACCGAUGCAUA